AUGAGCGACACGGAGAGCAGCAAGAAGAGCAGCAGCAGCUACGAGGAGCGCGUGAAGCAUGUGUCGGUGAUCGCCAAGCCGCUGGCCACCAAGAAGCAGACCAAGCGCGCCUACAAGGUGGUCAAGAAGGCCACCAAGGUCAAGGGCAUCAAGCGCGGCGUCAAGGAGGUCGUCAAGGGCAUCCGCAAGGGCGAGAAGGGCGUGUGCAUCAUCGCUGGAGACAUCUCGCCUGUCGACGUCAUCUCGCACAUCCCCGUGCUCUGCGAGGAAAACGACAUCCCGUACAUCUUCACGCCGUCCAAGGUUGACCUGGGUGCCUCGGCGCUGUCCAAGCGGCCUACGAGCUGCAUAUUGAUCACCCCCAACAAGGCGGGCUUCAACGCGCAGGAGGCGUACGAUGAGCUGCUGGCGGACGUGAAGCAGGUGCAGCCGACGUAUUAG